ACAGCUCUGCACUUCAGGAACCUCCAAAGUAGAGGGACAGAGAGACGUGGGUGGAGUAAGAGGAGUGGGAAAAAAAGGAGAGUGAGCAAACGCCAAUCCAAAAGCUCUAACAGGUUAGAAAGAAAACCCUAUGAAACUUCAUAUAAACAUCUAACAAACAUUACGUCUUUGAGGACGAGAGAAGAGAAGCACUGCAACUGGAACUCAGAUCAAAUAAAGACGCUGCAAAGGACAGGAGUAAGAUUUCAGAGGGAAGUUUCAGAGGGAAGCAGUGGCACUUGCACAGCAUGAAGGUUCAUCUUAAAUAUCUUUAAUAACGGAAUCUAUUUGGAGAAUCAGAUCUUUGUAAUAGAACAUCCAGAAAUAUACAAAAUGGACAAGGAGGAAGAACCCUUGAGUUACGAAGACACCAUAAACAAGGCGGCCAGUGCAAUCUAUCGUUUUCCUCUGGUUGAGGUGCAAGGCAUACCUCUCAUGAACUGGAUCGCUCACAACUGGAGCUCCGUUCGGGCUUUCCGCCCGGAUCCUUCCGAUUUGCUCAUCUCCACCUACCCUAAAGCAGGUACCACAUGGACCCAGGAAAUAGUGGAUCUGCUGCUGCAUAAUGGAGAUGCUGAGAUUUGCAAGAGAGCUCCAACUAUUGUACGGAUCCCGUUUCUGGAGAUCAAUUCUCCUCCGCCUAUUCCGUCAGGACUGGACAUACUAAAAACAAUGAAACCUCCCAGAUUCAUCAAGACACAUCUACCCAUACAGCUGGUACCUGAAGGAUUCUGGGAAAAUAAAUGCAAGGUUAUUUAUGUGGCUCGGAAUGCUAAGGACAACCUGGUUAGCUACUACCACUUUGACCGAAUGAAUCUGACCCAGCCAGAGCCAGGUCCAUGGGAAGAAUAUGUCCAGAAGUUCAUGAAGGGAAAAUUGGGCUGGGGGUCUUGGUACGACCAUGUUAAAGGUUUCUGGAAAGAAAGAGAGAAGAAGAAUAUUCUUUAUCUUUUCUAUGAGGACAUGAAAGAGAACCCUCGUCGAGAAAUAGUGAGGAUCAUGCAGUACCUGGACCUGUCGCUAUCUGAUGACAUCAUCGACAAGAUCGUGGAGUUGACGUCCUUUAAAGUCAUGAAGGACAACCCAAUGGCCAACUACACGUUCAUCCCAAAGAUAGUGUUUGACAAUUCAGUCUCUGCUUUCAUGAGAAAAGGGGAGGUUGGAGACUGGACCAACUACUUCACACCAGCUCAGUCCGAAAUGUUUGAUGAGGACUAUGCCAGACAAAUGGCCGACGUGGACAUUCCCUUUCGCACCACAAUAUGAAAGACAUCAUCGAGAACCUGCACUGAGAUAAACACUACAUUAAACAUGAUUACACAAAAAUAGUUUAGACUUAUUGUGACAAAUCUCAUGGAAAGUAUUACUUUAUUAAGGAUUUGUGAGAACAGAAUCUAAGCAAUCUCUGGGUUUUCUCAGGGUAUCCUGCGUUUUGCUAAUUUCCUGUACGAACGUUGUUCUUUAUCAACUGCAGAUAUAUUACAUCUCUGAACAUGCUGGUCCUGAUUGGGCAAAAUAUUUUACCGUGAUUACAAUAAUGUCUGUAAAUGACAGAAAUAUGCCAUGCUUAUGUUCUGAAAUGCAAUUGGUUAAUUGGUUAUUAACAAGUUUCUGCACAAACUAAAGCACUGUUAACGCCUCCUAACCAAAGACAGCAGCAUAUUUGCCAUUAAUUUUUAAAAACCAUUUUUGACCCAAACAAUUACUACAUAAGGAAUAAACAAUUGUGUUUGUUGCACCUCCUGACGUUUUUUAUUCCCUUACACAAUAACAAUUUGCCAACGAUGACAUUUAAAAAAAAGUUUAUUAAACAAUGACACUUGAUUCCUGUUUAUAGUUACAUUUAACGUUGCGGAACAUCAUCGAAACAAGUCUGACUUUUUUCCCCUCUUGUGAAGUUGAUAAGACAAAAAUAAAAACGUCCGACUAUUACAAAGCGCUGACACCGGAGACUCCUUCCAUAACUGUUCAAUAAAUAUUAAAUAUUGUUUAAAUGAUCCUUCGCAUUUUAGAACGACUGCUUUAAUAUAAACCUGUCAUUUACAGCUGUACUACUGUUGCUGUUAUUAAAAAAAAUAAUUUAAAAAAUCAACCAUCAAUCAGAAUCCAGAAUUUAACAGCGCUAAGUUGGAGAAAUGAGGUAAGCACGUAUACACGAAUUAUAUUAAUGAUAUUAACGAUAAUGAUGUUAUCUAACGAUAUUUCUCUAUCCAUGACCAACUACUUUGAAGAUAUGUAGGUUGCGGAAAUGACGUCAAUAAGAAAGUUAUGGCU